AUGGAAACUUGUCUGCGUUACCCCGGCAAGGUGGUAAUAGUGACUGGUGGCACCAGUGGUAUCGGCCUGGCCAGCGUGAGAGAAUUUGUUCGCCAAGGUGCCAAUGUGGUUUUCUGUUCAAAAGCAUCCGAAGCGGAAAGAGGACAAGCAAUUCAGGGAGAGCUGCAGGAUUCUGGGUGCCCAGGUGAUGCAUACUUUCAAGUCUGUGAUGUCCGUAAGGAGACAGACAUUAAGAGGUUGAUUUUGGUAACUAUAGAACGUUAUGGACGCCUGGACUGCCUGGUGAACAAUGUUGGAGAUGGUGCUGCUGUAACUAUAGAUGAUGUGAGUGCCCAAGACUUCCGCAACCUCAUAGAACUCAAUGUUGUGAGCUGUUUGUUAGCAUCGAAGUACUCUCUGCCCUACUUACGGGAAACAAGAGGAAACAUCAUCAACAUUUCCAGUAUUCUCGCUGUUUUGGGGGGAAAGAAUCGUGUGACGUAUACCCCAGGCAAGGGUGCUGUUACUGCAAUGACCAAAGCCCUGGCCAUAGAUGAGAGUAAAUACGGAGUACGAGUCAACAGCAUCUCACCAGGUUAUAUCUGGACUCCUUUGAGGGGAAAGAUGGCCAAUCAGUCACCAGAUCCAGAGGCAGAAAUGUGGCAAGCCAAAACCCAUCAGCUUAUGGGACGUUUUGGGACUGCGGAAGAGGUGGCCUUGGGUGUCCUGUACCUUGCUGCUGAUGGAACUUUCUGUACUGGUUUUGACCUCAUACUCAGUGGUGGAGCGGAAGUUGGCUUUGGGAAGAAGAGCGAAGUGGAUCCUGAGCCUGGCCCAAGUGGGAGUGGGAGCUCACAGGACUCCUCCAGGAAAUGUUUAUGGCUGAAUUCUGCCUGCUUGCUGGUGAAAGAACAGAAAUUUUGCACGUCCUUCAAAAAGAAACUGAGGCAAAUGGCUAACAUGGCAACUUAUCUGCGUUACCCAGGCAAGGUGGUGAUAGUGACUGGUGGCACCAGUGGCAUCGGCCUGGCCAGUGUUAGAGAAUUUGUUCGCCAAGGUGCCAAUGUGGUCUUCUGUUCACGAGCACGUGGAGCGGAAAGGGGACAAGAAAUUCAGAGGGAGCUGCAGGAUUCUGGUUGCCCAGGUGACGCGUUCUACCAAGUCUGUGAUGUCCGCAAUGAGGCAGACAUUAAGAGGCUGAUUUUGGUAACUAUAGAAAGUUAUGGACGCCUGGACUGCCUGGUGAACAAUGCUGGAACGGCUUAUUUUGAAAAUAUAGAUGAUGUGACUGCCCAAGACUUCUGCAGCCUCAUGGACCUCAACAUUGUGAGCUAUUUAUUAGCAUCAAAGUACGCACUGCCCUACUUACGGGAAACGAGAGGAAACAUCAUCAACAUUGCCAGUAUUGCUGGUGUUCUCGCGGCGAAGAAUGGCGUUUCAUAUUGCACAAGCAAGGGUGCUGUGAUCGCAAUGACGAAAGCCCUGGCCAUAGAUGAGAGCAAAUACGGAGUGCGAGUCAACUGCAUCUCACCAGGCUAUAUCUGGACUCCUUUGUGGGAAAAGUUGGCAAAUCAGACACCGAAUCCAGAGGCAGCAACGCGGGAAGCCAAAGGUCAUCAGCUUCUGGGACGUCUUGGGACCCCAGAAGAGGUGGCCUUGGGCAUCCUGUACCUGGCUGUUGAUGGAACUUUCUGUACUGGUUUCAACCUCGUGCUCAGUGGUGGAGAGGAAGUUGGCUUUGGGAAGAAGAGUGAGGUGGAUCCUGAGCCUGGCCCAAGUGCAAGUGGGAGCUCCCAGUUCUUCUCUAAGAAGUAA